CCUCCCGCGCCGAACGCCCCCGCCGCCCCGCGGGAAUCGCCGGGCGAGGUUCUCUACGCCGCCCCAGAGCCCCCGGCCGGCGACCCGCGGUCGCCGGGGCGGAUUUUUAGCGGUCGCCGGGGCGGAUUUUUACGGGCGAAGCAUGAACCCCUACCAGCAGCAACAGGGCGCGUAUAACCCCAUGGCGGCGAGCUGCCGACGAUGGCCCUCGUGCCCAUGAACGUCUUCGUGGGCAAGCUGCCCCUCGCGGUCCACGACAGCUUCGUCGAGGCGAUGCUCAAACAGUGCGGCGGCGUGCUCAAGUGGAAGCGGACGAUGGACAGCGAGACCGACCGGCCCAAGGCCUUCGGGUUCUGCACCUUCGGCAACGCCGAGGGCGCCAUGCAGGCCGUCAAGCUCCUCAACGACUUCCCCCUCGAGGGCCAGAAGAUCCUCGUCAAGGUCGGCCGCAAGGAGCAGGUCAUCAUCGACGAGAUGGUCGCGCGGCGGAACCGCAGCGCCGCGCCCGGCGGCGCCGUGCUCAGCGCGGCGCCGUCGGCGGGCGCGGGCACGGCGCGGACGCCCGCCGACGAGGCCCAGCUCGGGCGCAUCCGCGCGUUCGUCGCGUCCGUCGACUCGCGCGCGCCAGUGUCCGCGGACGCCGCCGCGCGGAUCCUCGGCGCGCCGGCGGCGGACAGCACGCUCGCCACGGCGGCGGCGGCGGCGGCGGGCGCCCCCGUGGCGCCGCCGGUCCUCGCGGCCAUCGCCGCGGCGCCCGCGGCGCCGGGGUCGGCGCACGAGCGCAUGAUCGCCGAAGAGAUGGAGAAGUUCCGCGCCAAGCAGGCCCAGCGCGACCGCGAGCUCGAGGACGAGCGCCGCCGCAAGCUCCAGGCCAAGAUCCAGGAGACCAUGAACCUCGAGAAGGGCAUCAAGGAGGGCCUCGAGAAGGCCGCGGACGCGAAGCGGCAGCCCGACAGGCCCAAGCAGCCCGAGCCCUACACCUACGACGGCGAGUCGGCGGCGAAGCGCGCGCGCCUCGACGACGCCGCGGCGCGGGACCGCGCGGACGCGCCCAGCGAACUCAAGCCGACGGGGUCCAAGCUCGGCUUCGGCCUCAGCGCCAAGGGCACGCGCGCGGGAGCGCGCCGCGUCGAAGUGUCGGCGUUCAAAACCGAGGCGGCGGACAAGCCGCGGCCCCUCCAGCCCCUGGAUUACAGCGAGGAGGAGGCGUCCGUCGCGGCGGACGCGCGAGCGAUCACCGACGCUGGGUGCGGACGAGAAGAAGCGGGACCGGGCCAUCGCCGAGCGCAUUCCCACGGAGAAAGCCGCCCUCUUCGCGAGCCACGUCGACUGGGCCGCCGUCGAGCGCCACGCCAUCGUGCGAUCGAAACUGCGGCCGUGGGUCGCGAAAAAGAUUGCAGAGUACCUCGGAGAAGAAGAACCCACCCUCAUAGAUUUCGUGCUCUCGUGCCUCGACCGCCGCGCUCGACCCGAGGAGAUCCUCGACGAGCUCGCGCUCGUGCUCGAGGAGGACGCGCAGGUCCUCGUGGUCAAGCUGUGGCGCGUGCUCCUCUUCCACGCCGCCAAGGCCGCGACGGCGUGAGACGGGUCGCAGAGUCAGCGGACGAUCCCAGGCGUUUUCUUGUUCAUCGCCUCGCGCCUUGGACAACCCGAUUUGGAAACCAGGUUCUUUGCCGCGCCGACGCCGCGGGCGGCCAAGGGGCGGGACGGCGGCGACGACGCGCGGACGCGGGGGCAGGACGGACGGAUAAAUGUGCUCACAGGUGG